CAAAUAACUGACAAAUGUCAAAACUGACACAAUCGUGUUUUGUGUGUUGAGACCAAACAAAAAAUUAUUUAUGCUUAUAAAUUAAUUUUGUUGCAAAUUAAUUAAAUGGAUACGAAAGUAAAAAUUUUGGUAACAGGAGAUGUUUGCGGGAAUUUCAAUCAGCUUUUUACGAAAGUGAACAAAACAAAUCAAAAAGCUGGGCCAUUUGAUAUGUUGCUUUGUGUUGGAGAUUUUUUUGGCAAAUUAGAAGAUAAUGAGAAAUUAAUAGCAUAUAAAAAUGGUGCUAAAAUUAUUGCUGUACCCACUUAUAUACUUGGACCAACUAAAAAUGAGCAUCUAAUGUUUUAUGAUGAUAUUGAGGAUGGGGAAAUCUGUAGCAAUUUAACCUAUUUAGGUAAGCGCGGUCUUUACACACUUAGUUCAGGAAUUAAAAUUGCUUAUUUGAGCGGAAUUGAAGAAUCAAAAGAUUCCAACAAAGAAUGCUGUUUUAACAAAGAUGAUAUCAUUACACUUCGCAAUUCAUGUUUAGUUAGUAAAAGUUCAGCCAGUGAGUAUAAGGGUGUUGAUAUUCUUUUGACUUCCCAACAACCUUUCGGAAUACAAGAAAAUAAUUCAAAUGCAUCAAAAUUGAUUUCGUUUCUUUGUAAAGAAAUAAAACCACGUUAUCAUUUCUGUAGCUCAAAUAAUGGUAGUUAUAACGAACCAGCUCCAUUUAGGAUACCAGCUGAUCAAUCAACGCAAUUAGAGUUAUCUACUCGAUUUAUAUCUUUAGCAAAUGUGGGCAAUGCAAAAGAGAAAUAUAUAUAUGCAUUAAAUAUGACUCCUGUAGAUAAAAUGCGUGUUAUGGAACUAAUACAGAAAACCACGAAUGAAACUAAAUGUCCAUAUCUAGGAAUCGAUUUUGCCGAUUACAAAAUUUCUAAUGAAAAUUCCGACAAAAGACAGUACUUUUACGAUAUGCAAGCUGGCAAUGAAGAAGAUCGUAAACGUAGAGGUGGUGGAAAAGGUAAUCGCAAAGAAAAGCGCCCAAAGUUUCAAGGGAUUGCGCAGGAAAAAUGUUGGUUUUGCCUAUCAUCUCCGGAUGUUGAGAAACAUUUAGUGAUCUCGGUGGGUGAACAUUUUUAUUUGGCAUUGGCUAAAGGCCCAAUUAACGAUUAUCAUGUAUUAAUUAUGUCCAUUGUACAUAUACAAUCAGCUGCUCUACUUACUGAAGACGAUUGGGAAGAAUUGACUCGAUUUAAGGAUGCAUUAAGAAAAUUUUUUCAGGCAAACAAUCAUGAAGUGUGCUUUACUGAAAGAAAUUAUAAGUCGUCACAUAUACAAAUCAACGCAUUAGGAAUUGAUAAACCACGCGCUUGGAAAAUGGCACAUAGCUUUGAGGACAAAGCAGAAGAAUAUAACUUAGAAUUUGAAACUUUGCCAGAAUUAACUUCACCAGAAAUGUUGCCAUCUCAGGGACCUUAUUUUGUAGCGGAACUACCAGACAAAACAUUGUUGACGCGAAAUAUGAAUCAUUUUCCAUUACAUUUUGCAAGAGAUGUGUUUUGUGCACCUAAUUUAUUAGAUUGCGAAGAUAAAGUAAAUUGGAAAGACUGCUGUUUAGAUAAAAAUGAAGAAAUUGAAUUAGUCAAAGAUUUUCGCGAAAAAUUUAAAGAAUAUGAUUUUACAUUA